AUGGAUGUUACAAAAGAAUUCAAUCCUAGACCUUAUGUGCAGCCUAUAAAUGGAUUUGGUGAUCUUGUAAUUUAUUAUGACCUUCAACCUCUACAGUCUAGAAGAAUGAGCUCACAAGGAGAAUCAACAACACGAGUAGAUCCUAAUUCAGUUGAAGAGGAAGAAUCAUGUGACUCUGAACAUAGUGAUGAAUCUGAUGAUGAAUCAGUUGAUGUUGAUAAUGUUGAAGUUGAGGCUAUUCGAGAUGAGGUUGUUCCUGACACUAAGGCUAUUCCUAAGGUUGAAGUUGUUCCUAAGAUUACCCCAAAUGUUGAGGUUAUUCAUGAUGUUGGAGUUGAUACUGAUGGUGCUAGAGCUACUCAAAUUAACCCUCAUGCUUCUUCCUCCAUAGUGCUAGAACACAGAGAUUCCAAUAGUGCUUCUAGCACUCAAGUAGCACAUACUGAACAAAGUGGUAAGAAAGUUGACUUUCAUGGUUUUCAAAUUUUAUUAGAGUACACGGAAUACUUGAAGCAUGUUUUCAAUAUAGAGGGAGAGUUUUGGAGUACUUCCUUUGUGAAGAAUGUAGAUGUCAUUUGCUUAAUGAUGGCAGUGAUGGAUAGAGCUUUAGGCAUUUUUCAUGCUCCAUUAAUGUGCACUUCAUCUGAAGAAUCGCAACAGAUGUUACAGGAUUUUGAUGAUGCUUGUAACUUUGGAUUCAAGCUUGAAUGCCUCAGUGAUUGUAGAUCUAAAGCCAAGAUUUUCCUCAACAAGUCUUCCUUCGAAAAGGAGUUAGAAGACAUUGCAACGAAGAUAGCUUCAAUGAAAAAAUGUGAAGCUGAAAUACGAGAACAAUUAGAUGUAUUUGCCAAUAAUAACUCUUCUCUAUGGAGUAUGUAAUUGACUAAUCUUUUGCUUUUCCCUUUACUAUUUUUUUUUUGAAACUCA